AUGCCCGCCGGGAAGCGCAAGGCCUCGCCCACCGCCGCCGCCCUUAACGACGAGCCCUCCAAGCGCCGCUUCGUCGAAAACGGCACCGAGGCCGCCGAUCAGCCUGACCAGCCUGGCCAGUCCGACCAGCCCGACCAGCCCGACCAGCCUGCCGGAGAUGCCCAAGAAGAAGAGCCUGUCGCGUCGGGGGGCGAUCGCAUGGCCCGCUUCAAGGCCCUGCAGGCUCGCCAGGCCGCCGCCCGCAAGUCGAACCUAAAGGAAUCCACGGCUGAAGCGCAACGCGCUCAAAUUGACCCCAACGCCCUCUCCGCAUUACACCGCAAGCACGCCAUCGCCUCGCACAAGCUGCUCAAGGCCGAGACCCAGGAGCAGGGCGACGACUUCGAGCGCAAGCGCGCCUGGGACUGGACCGUCGAGGAGAGCGAGCGCUGGGACCGCCGCAUGGAGAAGAAGGGCAAGCACCGCAAGGACGUCGCCUUCCAGGACUACCGGCAGGACGCCACGAAAUCAUAUAAACGGCAGCUACGGGACCUCAAACCGGACCUGGACGGGUACGAGCGGCAGAAAAUGGAGGCGGUACAGCGCGCGGCGCAAAACGGCGGGCUGGAGAUUAUCGAGAUGGAGGACGGCGAGCUAAUCGCCGUCGACCGCGACGGCUCCUUUUACACGACUGCCGAUAGCACCGAUUUCAUCAACCACCGGCCGGAGAAGGAGGCCGUCGACAAGCUGGUGGCCGACAUCCGCAAGGCCGAGGACGCCCGUCUCAAGGCCCGCCGCGCCCGCGGCAUCGACAACGACAACGACAACGGCGACGUUACCUAUAUCAACCAGAAGAACAAGCAGUUCAACGAGAAGCUGGCCCGCUUCUACAACAAGUACACGGCCGACAUCCGCGAGAGCUUCGAGCGCGGCACCGCCAUCUAG